AUGCGGCGCCAAAGAAAAAAAAAGAGGAGAAAAGGACAGAAUUGCAAACGUGUAUGUGGAGGGGCGCGCCGGGGGAAAUUGGGGCGCGGUAGAUAUAUAGGCGCCUCGAGCCCCACGCCCGAAGAACCCACGCCCGUGGGCGCAUUGUGGGCCGCAAAAUGGGACGACGCGACGCUCAAACCCUACACACAGCACUGCCGGGCCAAAUCGACCUACGACGCCAAAAUCUACAAGCUCAACGAAAUGUAUCCCGACCUGGAGGAGCAGGCGCCGCAGCUCAAGGUCUUUUACAACAAGCAGCUGUACGCCGGCUCGUGGGACGGCAUCGACGUGCACGGCGUCGGCCGCGAGCUCAUGAUGAUGAGCAUGAGCGACAUGCCGUAUAAAGUGCGCGAGUGGCUGAAGCGCGAGAGCCUGCAACGCCAUUUCAGCAUCCAGGACGACGUCGUCUUCUUUGCCCCCGGCGCCAUUUACCCUAUUUUGCCGCUGUGGGUCGAGGAGGAUGAGGACGUUACCAAAGAAUGUGAGGGUGUCUUUGACGGCCUGGAGAGCUAUGCCAAUGAGCCUGCGCAUGGAAAGGUAAUUGGCAAGGUUAGCCACAUGCAGACGGGGGACAAGGAGGUGAGAUUUACGGUGGAGGCGUUGCAGGUAAAGGCCAAAGGAGCAAAGGAGGAGCUAUAG